CGCCUAUGAAUUCGCUUCUCCACUUUAUAUUUUCCUCUUUAAAAUCAAAAUCUCUCGAAAUAUCCUAUCAAAAAUCACACCUCUUAUUUUUUCCUUAUAUUGUACUUGGAUUUCUCUAAAUUCUUAUAAAAACCCUCUCGCAAAACCCUCGGCUGCCCCCUCCGUUUUCAACCCCAUUCCUUUUGCCGUUACUACCAUGGACAGAGCAUUCGGCAACCACACCCUCCACCGAUCUUCCGCCGGCUCCACUCCGGUUCUUGUUCCAAGAGACGUGCCUUUUCCGGGGAAUCUUUUGGACCAUCAGUUCGGACGCAGUAACUCGCCGGAAACUGGUGCCCAAAACCCUUUCUUUAUUGGAACCCACCAGGAUCAACCCCUAGAGGACGUCUUUUCUCGUCUCAAUCUCUCGUCCGGUGUUGGUGGUGGGUCGAUGCUCGGAGACACGGUGACCGGUGGGUACGGCUUUUUGCCGCUUUCUUUGCAACAAAUACAGCAAACGAAUGACGAGUUUCAGACUUGGAGUUUUCCCAGAAGCGGCAUUGAUACCUUCGGGGAGGUGGGCCUGGGGAAUCAUGAGGUGAGGGCGAGUGCUGAGAGUCGUGACGGCUUUCUUGGGUUUUCGAAUCCUACAUCGGUUAUUCGCGGGCUGAGUACUGAAUCAAGAAAGAGAAGUUUGGGGGCUGAGAGGUAUGCUUCCUGGAACCAAUCUUCCAGACAAUUUCAAAGACCGGAACUUAGUAGUGCAGUCUCAAUUAUGCCUCGUUCCAAUCAAAACCGACCCUUGCGUGGUCCCGUGGUGGAUUCCUGUGGGGAAGUAGAUGGUUGGGUUUCUGAAAAUUUGACUAGUUCGAGGCCUGCUUCGUAUAAUCGUGGCCUUAAUAAUCAUUUCAAUCAUCAAUUGCAGCAGUAUUUGAGUCUGAACUACUUGUGCUUGGAAGAUUUCCGGGGCAAGAUUGUGCCCUUGGCCAUGAAUCAACAUGGGUGUCGGUUUUUGCAGGAAAAAUUACAAAAUAAUGUAACUGUUAAGGAAAUUGAGAUGAUAUUCUCGGAAGUGAUACACCAUGUGGCCCAGUUAAUGCUGGACCAAUUUGGGAAUUAUGUUGUUCAGAAGCUGGUAGAGAUUUGCAAUGAAGAACAGAGGACUCAAAUCCUUCUGUCUGCCACCACAAAUCAAUAUCAACUUAUCUUUAUAUGCCUCAACAUGCAUGGGACUCGAGUGAUGCAAAAAUUAUUGGAGUAUCUUACCACCCCAGAACAAGUUUCAAUUGCCAUGUCCGCUCUGUGGCCUGUUACUGUUGCAUUGACCAAGGAUACUAGUGGUCAUCAUGUGAUCCAGCAUUGCUUGAAACUUUUUUCUUGCCAAGACAAUAUGUAUCUUAUUAAGGAGGUGGCAGAGAAUUGCUUUGAAAUUGCAACCAAUAGAAGUGGGUGCUGUGUGCUGCAGUCAUGUGUGGAAAACUCACAGGGAGAACUUAGAGAGCAACUAAUGGCUGAAAUAAUAGCUAAUGCGCUACCCCUGGCAGAAGACCGUUAUGGUAACUAUGUGGUGCAACACUUGAUGGGAUUGAAGAUACCAGAAGUCAUCACAAAUCUCCUGAAGCAGUUUGAAGGGACAUUCAUUUCUCUCUCCUGCAAUAAGUAUGGUAGUAAUGUGGUGGAAAAAUUUCUGAUAGAAUCCAAAGACGAGCAAUCGUCGCAGAUUAUCAUAGAGUUGCUCAGAAGUCCAAAUAUUUCUAUGCUGCUUCUGGAUCCUUUUGGAAACUUCGUCAUUCAAUCAGCAUUGUCUGUAUCUAAGGGCCACAUUCGAAAUGCUCUUGUGAAUCUAGUUCGAUUGCAUGCUCCAUCGAUGCGCAGCAAUCUUUAUGGGAAAAAGGUCCUCACUUGGUUCGACAAGAGGAAGCUGCAACAUUUAUACAUGUAAAGAUAAAGAUAAGAAGGGGUAUCUGUUGAUUACAGAAAGAAAUUCUUUACACCGCUAGGGUGGGUGUCAGGCAUAUUGUUGUUUCAAUUUUUUUUUCUCUUUUGUCUUUGUGAUAAAGAUAUUUAGGUGUUGAUAGAGGUUGAGGAUUGUAAUUUUUAGUUUUAAGUCCUUUUGAUCCCUAUGUACUCUACGGAUGGAAGGAUGAUUUUGGUAGGCGAGAGAGGACAUCAGAAAGUGAUGGAUAAAUUAAAUCUGCAGCAGCUGCGGCUGCAUAGGCACUAACUCGAUUUGUUUCCAGGCUUCUCCAGGGGAUUUCAGGAGGGGGAUGAUCAGUGUGUGUUUUGGAACUGUAUAUUUUGAGGUCUUCCCACUGUUGCUUGUUAUACAUUAUACCCUCAUAAUUGUUUCGCCAUUGAAAGGAAUUUAUUGUCUUG